AGCUGUUACAACUCUACAUGAAUAAUUAAACAAUGCACAUCCGUAACGCAUCCAUAACCUCACAUCGAGCCACAGCGUUUUAAUACUUCAAUAUUUCAAAGUUUAUAAAGCGGAAAUACGUGAUCAGAAUAGAAAUAAAUCAAAUAAAUAAUUUUAAUGACCACCAAUUAAUCUCACGUUACGACUUUCCUAAUACUUCACUGAAUAACGUUGAAAAAUCAUAAAACCUACCGUCGUUAUCGUAAUACCUGUGUUUCCCUGUGCAAUUGAAUUCAUUAAAAUUGAAAGUUCGUUACCAUAAAUCACCACUAGGAGAUUCAAAUGCGUGUUCAUAAUUUCCACAAGUGCAAUUAGAACCGUAGAAAUAAUGAUAAGCCUUGCCAGCUGGAACUAAGUCGUGCGAAGCUUUCUGAAGCAAUUCUAAUCGAUUAUUAUGAUGGCUCAAGCUCGAGCCCCUGGCUUCAUGCUGAUACAGGAUGUAGUCCGGAUUGAUAAUGACGGGCUUUGAAUUGAUGCUCAUCGAGAUUUGCUCGAUUCUGCAAAAUGUUACGAGUAAUAACAGCUGUCUGCCGAGCCAAGUCAAAAAAGAAAUUCCAUCCCGCUAUGACGAUCAAGUAUUUUCUGCCGUUGCGCCAUAUUUGUCUGAGACAAGAAAUAAUUUUCCUACGGAACUUCGAAUAACGACGUUACAGGAUCCGCCAUUGUCGGGCACUAAGCUCGUAAACGGUAGUCUGGUCGGCGUUGGACAUGCAUUUUACAUCUUCAAUCUUAUGCAAGCAAAAUUAAAUUUCACCUAUAAAAUAAUAUUGCCAGAAAGAAAUAUAUUGGGCGAUGAAAGUUCCGGUGUAUUUGGAUUACUUUAUACAAAGCAAGUCGAUAUGGCCGUGGCGUUUUUACCAGUUCUCUCAGAAGCUCAUAACACCGUUAAAUACGGUACUUAUUUAGAUGAAAUGGAAUGGACCAUACUCAUGAAACGUCCUCAAGAAUCAGCAACAGGUUCCGGGCUCUUGGCACCUUUUGACACUACAGUCUGGAUUCUGAUUUUGAUAUCAGUCAUAAUAGUGGGACCUACAAUUUAUAUUUUAAUUUACAUAAGAUCGAAAAUCUCACAGGAAAAAUCAGAACGUUACUCCGUAGCGACUUGUAUGUGGUUUGUUUAUGGUGCAUUGCUUAAGCAAGGAUCAACAAUCUCCCCAGUAACAGACUCAGCCAGAUUGCUGUUUGCCACCUGGUGGAUAUUCAUAACAAUUUUAACGUCAUUCUACACUGCGAAUCUCACAGCCUUCUUGACAUUGUCGCAGUUUACGUUACCGAUCAAGUCGGUCGAUGAUUUAGCCAGUAAAGGUCAAGUAUGGGUAGCAGAAAAAGGUCUCGCAUUGGAUAUGAUAGUGGCAGAGGGUAACGAGUUGCAACCACUGAAUCUUUCGACCAGCAAAGGAAAAGGUCAUUUCGUGGAUCUACGAAAUAAAUCAUAUUCAACCGUCAUUCGUCACAUUGAUCAAAAUAAAAUGUUCCUGGGUGAAAAACAUUUUGUUCAAGGAUUGAUUUUUUAUGAUUACAUAGACAAAAGUCAUAAGGGGAUCGAUGAAGGUAAACGCUGCACAUAUGUAAUAAUGCCAGGACACAUUUUAUUAAAGAGAAGAGCCUUUGCGUAUCCCUUGGGCAGCCUAAUAAAUGUCGUCAUGGACAAACAUAUCUUAGCGUUGGUGGAGUCCGGUAUAGUGAAAUAUAUAACAACGGCUUAUUUACCUGGGACAGAAAUAUGCCCUUUGAAUUUGGGAUCCAAGGAACGUCAAUUGAGAAACUCGGAUCUGACUAUGACUUAUAAAGUCGUCUUCAUCGGGUUCACCGUGGCGGCAGUCGCCUUCCUUGUCGAGCUCUUGUAUCUUUGCAAAUGUAAAAAGAAGAAGAAGAAGAAGAAUGAUCGUCUAGGUAGAACGAUACACGCACUUCCCAUGUAUGCCGCGGCACCGCCAUCUGAAUUUUUAAAAAGGAGUCCUCCGCCUCAAUAUCAGAAAGUGGCAGAGCACCAGGAGUACGCCAAGAAGCACGUCAUCAACGGCAGGGAUUAUUACGUGGUUAUCGAGCAGCACGGUGACAAGAGAUUAGUGCCUGCCCGCACGCCAUCUGCACUGUUGUUUCAAUAUACUGCGUAAAAAUUGAUGUGUGUUCCAGGUGUGCUGGCGGAUUUUGGAAAGAGAGAAAGAAACGUGCAUUUUUGGCACCAUAGAAAUUAACAUUCUGACAACAGUUUUUUUUUACACUGAAUCGUCUGUAUCAAUGGACGAUGAAUAUAGCUUUUUUGAUAUUAAUAAAUUAUGAUUUAAUAUUUGCCACCCGAAACGGGGUUAAUACAACGCACAGAAUAUUGUUAGGUGUUAAAUAUAAAUAUCAAUGUGUUAAAUAAAGAUAUGUUUGGGACCA